AUGAGGAUCCGGAUUCGCGGUCCGGCGGGACAGUCCACCGUCACGCUGGAUGCAGAUGCAACUGUCGACGACCUCCGGCACCAAAUCACGGAGAAAACGGGGCUGACGGCGUACGAUGUAAAAUAUGGAUAUCCAAAUAUCAAGCCCUUGGUGCUAGGCGCGCUUCCUUCGAAGCAGAAACUAGCAGAUCUUGACAUUACCCUGAACGGGGAACAACUUAUCGUCACACAGCAAGAGAACUCGGCUCAUGCCCCGCUAAAGAACGAACCUCAAGCGGCAGAUUCGCCGCUGAAAGCGCCAGUUGUAGGCAGCACACAUAAGAAGGGUUCUCCUGAUGAUCCGCCGGAGGUCCCCUCGCCUGACCAUAGCGGAACCUUCGUUCUCCGAAUCAUGCCCGAUGACAACUCUUGUCUCUUUCGUGCAGUGAGUAGUGCGACUAUGGGAGGAGUAGAUGCCAUGACCGAAUUACGAUCUGUUGUUGCGCAAACAAUCCAAGCGCACCCAGACCUUUAUACUGAGGCAGUAUUGGAAAAGAAGCCGGAUGAAUACUGCCGCUGGAUUCAGAAUGAGGACUCUUGGGGUGGUGGUAUUGAGCUGAGCAUUCUGAGCAAGCAUUUCGACAUUGAGAUAUGCUCCAUAGAUGUGCAGACCCUUCGCAUCGAUCGCUUUAACGAAGGCGCCCCGAUGCGGUGUAUCGUGGUCUAUUCGGGAAUCCACUACGAUACAAUCGCUUUGUCGCCUUCUAGUCCGCCCUAUACCCACUCAGAUGUGCCUCCUGACUUUGAUACAAAAGUCUUCGACGCUGCAGAUCCAUUGGUACUCGAGAAGUCGCAGGAACUCUGUCAGGUUCUGCAAACCAGGCAUUACUACACUGACACAGCUGGGUUUCGUCUUCGUUGCAAUACGUGCGGAGGGACAUUCGUCGGAGAGAGAGGUGCUACACAACAUGCUGAACAAACAGGACAUGUUGAUUUCGGCGAGGCUGGCUGA